GUGAAAAUAAACAAGGCCAUGCUUUUACUUCCUGGUUUGAGAGUCUGUUUGAGAAACUUCAAUAAAUAGGUAUUAAAAGUGUCAUGAAUGUCACGAUCGGUACAAAAUGUCUCUGAAAGCUUUGCUACAGAAGUUUCUUGAUCAAGAGCAGCUAUUUUCAUCUGAAGAUAAUCCAUUUCACGCUGAGUUCUUGGAGUUGCGUGAUUUUAGCCGGCAGCUGAACUUGGUUGAGGGUUAUGAAGCUUUGGCCGGAGCAACUGAAGAAAACAUUAAAAAGAACAGAUACAAAGACAUACGACCAUUUGAUACGACUAGAGUGUGUCUGCCGAUAAUCCCAGGAUUACCAGGGUCUGAUUACAUCAAUGCGAAUUUCAUUCGGGGUCAUCAUGGUGGGGUAGCUUACAUUGCCUCACAGGGACCCAUGCCCCACACCGUCGAUGACUUCUGGGCGAUGCUGUGGAAGUAUGAGAUCAAAGUGGUCAUCAUGGCUUGUAAUGAACGGGAGGGAGGGAAGGCAAAGUGCGAGAGAUACUGGGCCUAUAGUGGUGAGGAGAAGUCCUUCAGAGGAAUCACUGUCAAACUGAAAAAGGAGGAAAAUAUAUGCGAAGACUUUUGCAAACGACACCUAGUGGCAAGGAAAGGAACUGAAGAACGCUGUCUACAGCAGUUUCACUACAUUAAUUGGCCUGACCAUGGAGCCCCCGAGUCCUGCUCGUCAUUACUAGAGAUGGUGGCGAAAAUGCGUGUGGAUCAGCCUGGUGAUUCGCCACCUAUUGUGAUCCACUGCAGUGCUGGUUGUGGCCGGACCGGAACAAUUUGUGCUGUUGAUUAUGCUUGGAAUGUCCUCAAGAGUGGGGCUCUCACCGAAGACUUCAACAUCAAAAACAUCAUUUUGGAGAUGAGAAAACAACGUCCGUCCAUUGUACAGUCUAAGGAUCAAUACAUUCUUGUUCACCAAGCAAUCGCCGAGUUAUUUGAGCGCCACCUUUCAAUGAUUAAAGAUCACUUAUACGAGAAUGUAAUGCUAGAAGGAUCGGGAAGGCCAAUUGUCGAGGAUUCUAUCUAUGAAGACGUAGGGAGUAUGAACAAGGAUGAAUCGUUUGAGGAAGACAUCUAUGUAAAUGCUGACGAAUUGCCGAUCAAGUGUCUAUCGUCUCCCACAUCUGAGAAAAUGAUCCGGGAAACUAUUGAAAACAUGGUUACGGACGAAGACGAUGAAACACCUGAUAAAGUCUACUCAGUUUCGCGCGCCCUUAGUAAAAUCAACGCGAAAACCCCGUCCGAGGAGAAGGUCAAAGUUUGUCCUGGACCUCCGGCGCUUCCGGUGAAAAAAUCUAAUCUGCCUGAGCAAAAUGAUGACAGGCGAUCGGAACCCAUUCUAAACAGUACAGCUGACAAACUCCCAGCUAAGCGGAAGUUUUCCUUUAGUUCGCUAAAGAAAAAUGAUCGAGGUAAAGCAGAGGUUGUUGACAAUUUGGCAAAUAGAUCUAGUCAGGAGAAUACUGCGGAGGAACGUAAAAUAAAUAUGAAUGAACUGAGACAAAAACUAGAGCAAACUGUAAUAGCUGGACCGGUGAUGGCACCAGCAAGUGGAAAAAAAAGGACUCUGGCUGGUGACAGAGUUUUUCGACAAAAGCCUGAUAAACUGUCUCAAAAACUGGAACUUCCAUUCAAGCCAUCUCAAAAGCCACAGAAACCUGAUAAACUUAAUCCAAAACCAGAUAAACCUACUCAAAAACCAGAUAAACCUAUCCAAAAUCUCGAAAACUCAAACCUAAGUGUUGUCAAGGAACUACUGCAGCGGAAGCAUGCCAGUUCAGAUAGUUUAGAUGGAGCCUCGAGGCCUGAGCCAGUGGCUAAGAUUAGUCGUGGACACUCCGACAGCGAUGUCAGUUCUGAACAACCGAAAGAAGACAGGAGGAUCCCACUUCCUCUACCACGUGGAGAUAAACCUCAUGUCGUGCUAUCGGAGAAUUCUGAGUAUUCUGAGCCGUAUGAAUUUAUCAAAGGCGUAACAAUGGAUUUGCGGCGCUCCUAUUCAGAUACGGGAGAAUUCGUGCUAGGCUCGCCACCUCGCGUAGUAUCAGAGCAAGGGGUUAGUUGUAAUGAUGAUGGGAAUUCGGUAAAGAGACGGACGAUCACGCACCCCAAGUGGAUUGGGGACGAUGAUGCGUAUGCCUACGUCGGAGGAGGACCAACUGGUUAUAAUCAGGAACUCGCACCAGACGGUUCUGAUUCUGAAAAUAAUGCCCCGAAUGACCAAGAUUUGGUCGUCAUACGACGCACCAAGCUCCUCCCCGAGUGGUUGGAUGAUGAAGACCCCUAUGCAAUAUUAGGUGGUAAACCGCAGAUAACUGAUUCUGUCGGUGUUGAGGAAAAAGAAAAAGGGAAGACUGAAAGCGACAACUGCGUCUAUUCAGUUAAGACACAACGACAGCACAGAAAGCAGUUAAUAGACUAUGCUGUUUAUAAGCUUGCUUCAGCUUCAGACAAUGACACUUUUCCGUUCCAGGAGAAUCCCCCUGACACCUCAGUCAACCCCCCUGCCCUCAGUUCCUCCGUAAUAGACAGUGACCCAAGUAAAUCAGUAGCAGUAGCAGGCACAUACUCCUGUGAGGGUGAUUCACCGGCCCCUAGCUUCAGUCCUCCAAUUCAGCCAGAUGAAUACCCUUCUAUAGAUUCUGGGUUAGAAACAGAGUCAGAGCGUAACCUUGAUAAUCCCAAAAAAACUAUCCGGUCGAGGUCCGAGCCAUUUGAACAACCGCCAAAACUUUCAAAAAUUCCAGACAGAUCGUUCUCGUUGACACCAACGGUGGAUAAUGUUUAUGAAGAGGUUGCGUUUGGGGAUGGCCACUUUAACUUUGGAAAGACUAACGAGGAAAGUCUCCCCGACCUGCCAAAGAAGGGACAAAACUCAACGCUAGAUAUUCAAAGGGGCCAAUUAGAUUCGGUUCCUCCUGACUUACCUCCCAGGAGCCCCAUUGAUCCAGCUCCCCGUGUUGACGAAUCAAGGUCUGCUGCAGCUGAACCCCAGCUUCCGGAACUCUCAUCUACGACAACAUCUUUAAAUCAAUCGCCGAAUACUCAGCAAAGAAAUACAACAAAUCCAUUUUUAGCAGCACUUAAAAGUCUGUCUCCGACGAAACAACUCGCGACCUUUUUCCCCUCCUUGGUGCAGGGUCCUGACCAUCCUACUGAUGAGUGUUCUUCCCCGCAGGUCCCUCAUAAACCUCCCUCUAUCCAGCCUCCAAAUGGUGCUUCUGCCACCUGGCAUGACCAAGACAGCGGAGAGGAAGACUUCCGACCGCCGGUGCCGACGAAAUCGUUUGAGGAAGACCGACGUGUUGUACCAGCCAGGUCCAUGCCGGAGAUUCCCGAUCUAGGCAGGUCAAAUGAACCGAGUGUGAAGGAUACUCGUGGGGGAAAGUUCAAGUUUAGCUUUGCAACACUUAAGAGCAAGUUUCAAGGUUCUUCAACGUUUGAUACCAUAUCCCUUAGAGGAGAUGAUUCGAAACUUGUGACGAUACCUGAGUUUCUAGGCUAUCCGAAUAGAAUAGACAAGCCGAAGGGGCCUCGCCGAGCUCCCUGGAGUACGGUGGGCUAACGGCCGCUGAAUCUUCUGGAGAUAGCCGCUCAAUUGAAAAUGUUGAUGGGGUUAUGUUCUUGAUGGUGUGCAAGUCUGUUUGAAACCUUAUUAUCAAAACAAUGGUGCCAUCUUUUGGUUUUUUGGGUUGUUUUAAAUCCUCAUUGUGAUUAGAGUAAUCAAAGGCUGUGCAGUUCAAACCUACUAAACCUUUUAGUUUAAGAUUGUACAGGUGAACGCUUUUAUGAGGAGGAAUAUCUGUGUUGACAAACAUAGAGAUAAGUUGUUUGUUUCCUGAUUGAUUCUUGUUAGAUAUUAAUGAUAUGUUGUCCUCCCUGUUGUCCUUGACAGCUCACGCUCAAAUGAGAGCUGAAUUGGUUGCCCUUCCAUGAUACCCAAGAGUGCCUUAGCAUAAAUUCUGUGAUAUUGUUAUUUUUCAUCCAUCCAAGUGAAAUACUGUGUUGACAGGUUUAAGCCAGUUGAGGAGUGCCAGAAGCCUUUUUGACCUGUAAUGCACUUAUGUGUAAUAGGUGAGCCUCUCCUGCUUUAAGCUGUGUUGACAGGUUUAAGCCAGUUGAGAAGUGCCAGAAGCCUUUCUGACCUGUAAUGCACCUAUGUGUAAUAGGUGCGCCUCUCCUGCUUUAAGCUGUGUCAACAGGUUUAAGCCAGUUGGUCGAGGGGCACCUGGUCAAUAGACCUCUUUAACCAGUAAUACACCUAUGUGUGAGAGACUUGCAUCUUGUGGCUUGUACCCAUUGACACAGUAUAUUCAGAAUAUAUUAAGAAUCUUGUUCAUAGGCCCAUUUAGUUGGAGUUUUAGAAAGUAGAUCAAAUUACAGAUUGACCUGUUAUGAUCAUUUGGGAUUUUACAAAGCAGUGGUGUGUUCGGAAGUAGAAUUCUAAUUUAUUUUGCGAGUGAUAUUUAUUGCUGCUAUCUGUGACAAUCAUUGCUGUGAUGAGCGAUAAAAAGUCGUUUGUCUGCGAGUUGCUGGCUUUGAUAUUGAUUGAGGUCACAGCAAUUGUGAAUUCUCGCACCUGCAAUGACCAAAUGAGAGAUUAUUGUCGCAUGCGCUCAUGAUCACAAGUCACAGCGACAAAAAUCGCUUGUUUGCUCAACAGGAACAAAUGCUGGCAGAAAUAUUUUUGAUUUGUGCAGCAGUUGUAUUUAAGAAUAUUUGGUGCUCUUUUAAUAGUAUUUGCUGAUUGUCCUGCACUCAUGAAUAAUUUUUGUCUAUCACAUAGUUUUAUGUCUUGCACAGAGUAAUGCUCCUUAUUAACAAAAAUAUUGUAUCCUUCUACAACUUUGUUGAGGGGGACUAUAGGCAUGGGCUGGCGGGUCAAAGCAGUCGUCCUCAUGGACUAGCAUGCAAAGUUUGAGGGGACUGGGCUGUGUUUGAUAUACUCCUUGUACAAGCGUGAACAGUGUCAAUUUAUUGUGUUGUGGGAGAGACCCCUAUUGGUGACACUGUGUAACUUAAUCUGACCUACGUAGCUCAUGCCUAUAGAGUUCCUUUAAGAGUAGUGACACUGUUAUUGUACAGCACUUUGUGACAGCCCGCUCCCAGUGUAAAGUGCUCUAUUAAAGGAGGCGUGGCUCAAUAUGUGCUGGGCUGGAGUAUGUGUAGUUUGCAGAGUUCCUGUAUGGUGGAUGACUUUGGGAUCAUAAAAUGUACACAGGCAUACUACAAACGGUGCACAUUUUCAGAUGUAUAUCUGUAACGCUCUCUACACAAUAACAAUGUAACUAUCACCAGUGAUGAAUGCCUCCUGGCAAUAUCUUGAAACUGCUCCCUUCAAGCUGCCAGCUAUUGCUAUACUCGAGCCAAACCAAUGGUAGUAUUAUAUAAUGUUCGAAGAUACUUUUAUGUGAUAUAUAUUUAUCCUGGUGCGAAUUUCUAAUGCUCGGGCGAGGAAAGGUUCGUUGUUUUUUUUGGCAUUGAGGCUUUAGGUUCAUCCGUCACUUGACUGAUAUUCGGACAGACCUGACAUUGAAUCAUGGGAUGGCUCUCUCUCAGAUACCAUUGGCUGGUUCCAAUAUAUUAUGCAAAACAUCAGAGUUGAAGGUCACAGAGUUUACAUUCACUGCUGUUUUAGUCCACCAGACCAAAAUGAGUUCGAUAUAGAAAACGUCUGUUGUUCGCACAACCACGGAUGAAAAAUAAACAAUUGUGGAGUAUAACGUGUAUUAAGAACUGGUUAUUUCAUAUCCAAGAAACUUCCUGGUGAGCUUAGUUAUGUCUGAUUAGACUCCUGCUGGUGAUCAUCACAUCAUAUUUAUCAUAUUGUAUAAUAUAUUCAUCUUGAUCUUUUUCUGAGGAUCCAUGUGCUUUUUACUUCAGAAUCUGAAUGAGACAAAGGUUAUAUUCUUAUAUUUUAUUAUUCGGGAAUAAAUUUAAUUCAAAUCAA